GAAUGCCGGGCGUCUUCGUCGGAGACUCAUUACAGCUUAUCUCUGUCUGCCUUUCUUUAAAGCCAGCUGAACAUACCCAAUGCUCUCCCUUUAUGGCCCUGCCCUACGUUGCUCUCCUGAUCGUGAUGCUGUUCUUCAUCUACGCCGUGAUCGGGAUGCAGGUGUUCGGGAAAAUCGCCCUGAAUGACACGACAGAGAUCAACAGGAACAACAACUUCCAGACCUUCCCCCAGGCCGUGCUGCUCCUCUUCAGAUGGUAG